UGUCGUGGUCUCCUCCUUCGAGCCUGUUCAUCUCAUCAUCAUAACCCACUCAAAAACCUCUCCACAUUUCAUUUUCCUCGCUGCUCCAUACCAAGAGAACCCAUGGCGGGCAGCUCGAGAACCGGGGCGGAUGACGAUUCCGCCAACGAAUCCAACGGCACUGCCACCACCAUGUCCGGCAGCGACACCGAGAGGGAUGACGAGUCCCCUCCCGACCUCGCUUCGAGCCCUUUCAAAGAAGGGGAGAAGGUUCUCGCUUUUCACAGCUGCCACAUCUACGAGGCUAAGGUGAAGAAAGUUGAUUACCAACGGAAACAAUGGAGAUAUAACAUUCAUUACCUCGGAUGGAACAAAAGCUGGGACGAAUGGGUUGGUGUGGAUCGUUUAUUGAAGUAUACUGAAGAGAAUAUUGAGCGACAGGAAGCCAACAACAAAAAACAGGGCCUAGAAAAGAAUAUUAAAGCAGGGCGUGGUUCACAGGUUAAGCCGAAAAGUUCUAAUGCACCAAGAGGUAAGAAACGGAAGAGCGAUUCUGCCAUUAAGGAAAAGGACGCAUUACCAACAGAAAAACUUGUUAGCAUUCAUAUUCCUACAACAUUGAAGAAACAGCUGAUUCAUGACUGCGAAUAUAUCACUCAUCUUGGGAAGCUUGUAAAACUUCCACGUAGUCCAACUGUGGAAGAGAUAUUGCAGAAGUACUUUGAUCACAGGUUAAAGAAAGAUGGAUCAGCUGAGCCGGUCAAAGAAAUCAUGCAAGGGUUGCGCAGUUACUUUGAUAAGGCUUUGCCUCUCAUGCUUCUGUACAAAAGCGAGCGUCCACAGUAUGAGGAAGCUGUUGGAGACAAAGUACUUCCUGCUUGUGUAUAUGGUGCUGAACAUCUCUUGCGUCUCUUUGUUAAAUUGCCCGAGCUAUUGUUCCAUGUGAAUAUUGAAGAAGAAACGCUCACGGAGCUGCAGCAUAACCUGGUUGACUUUCUUAGGUUUCUGCAGAAAAAUCAGAACACCUUCUUCCUGUCCGCUUAUCAAGUGCCUGAAGAGAUCGAGACGAGCACAAACAAGAAAGCCAACUGAUCACAGCUACCGCUGUCUUUAUAGCAACAGCAGAAUUAUAUGUAGAUAGUUCCCUGACUGAUUGUCUGUACUUAUUUCUUCUUGUCUCAGCAGAAUUUGUAGUGGGGUGAUUUUUGGGUGUGACUAAUAUUAACUAAAAACAAGAUGCUUUCGGACUGAUGAGUUGCGAUCAAAUGCCAUUGGAGUGACUUUCCUUCGAGAUAAUGGAGGUUGCUUUACUUUAGAUA